GUAAUUGUUAUGACAGAAAUGGAAUUGAAAAAAAGUAGGCCCGACGGCGAGGAUUGGAGCCACUCCACUCACCAGCUCCUGCUUCUACAUGGAUAACGCCGGCGGCUCCGGUUAGCAGCGGCGGAGCUUCGACGCGGCCGCCACAGCAGAGCAUAUUAACCACUCUCUCUGUGGAAUCUCAGCAGUCGCGAAGUUCUUCAUCGCAGUUUUCCAGUGGCCCUCUCACUGACGCCGCUGAUCAUUCCCUACCGCCCAUGUCGACUGCUUUAGUUCGACGCAUCGCCUUUCUUCGCUGAUCCUACUUCUUAUCAGGAUACCAAUUUAAGGAAAUGGAUGGUGGUAGCGUGGAGAAACCAGAAGCCCACAAACCCUGUCACAAGGAUGCCGCACUUGGAUGUGAUCUUUGGACAGAUGGGCUUAUCUGUGCUUUUGAAUAUAUUGGUAGACCAAAGAAAUCAAUUGAUUCUAAAUCCAGGUCCAAGAUGCCUGAUACGCAACAAAUGAAUAGUGAAUUUCCAACCACACGAAUACCUACAACUGAACUGAAUAAUGGUAAUGGCAAUACACGUGGGAGGAAAAGAUUACUAGAACCCACAUCCUCAGACGAUCUGAAGAGCCAAUGUGGCCAGUUUUGUGAAAGAGAAAGAUUUGAAAGCAAUAGUUGGUUACCUAUAGGAUGGGCCAGAAUAUCAGAGCUGGUUCAAACAAUACAAGUAGAUGCUGAAUGGGCCUCAAUGUCGUGUGACGUCAUGGAUGAAGAAGAUGACCUUACAGUUGCAGAUCUUGCAGCACCUUAUUGGAAGCGUCCCGCCGGACCUAUAUGGUGGUGCCACGUUUCUGCAUGCCACCCUUCGGUUGAGGCGUGGCUCAGAACUGCUCACUGGUUGCAUCCUGCCAUUAGUUUGGCUUUAAGAGAUGAGAGUCGACUGAUAAGCGACCGCAUGAAGCAUCUUUUCUAUGAGGUCCCAGUUAGGGUGGCUGGAGGACUUCUAUUUGAACUACUAGGACAAUCUGCUGGUGAUCCAUUGAGUGACGAGGAUGACAUUCCCGUUGUACUUCGGUCUUGGCAAGCUCAGAACUUCCUGAUAACGUCACUGCAUGUUAAAGGACCGAUAUCAAACAUAAAUGCUUUGGGCAUCACAGAAGUUCAGGAGCUUCUGAUAAUAGGAGGUUACAAUUCACCAAGAACGGUACAUGAAGUUAUAGCACAUCUGGCUUGCCGUCUUACAAGAUGGGAUGAUAGGUUAUUUCGAAAAUCUAUAUUUGGAGCAGCAGAUGAGAUUGAACUGAAAUUUAUGGACAGGAGAAACCAUGAAGAUAUGCAUCUGUUUAGUAUAAUCUUGAAUCAAGAAAUCAGAAAAUUAUCAAGACAGGUUAUCAGAGUAAAAUGGUCACUGCAUGCGAGAGAGGAGAUUGUAUAUGAGCUACUUCAACAUCUACGAGGAUAUGUGACAAAAAGCUUAUUGGAGAGCAUAAGAAAGAGUACUAGGCAAAUGAUUGAAGAGCAAGAAGCAGUUCGUGAUCGUUUAUUCACCAUUCAAGAUGUCAUGCAGAGUAAUGUUCGUGCAUGGUUACAGGAUAAAAGCCUCCGAGUAACUCAUAACUUGGCGGUUUUCGGUGGCUGUGGCCUUGUUCUUUCCAUAAUAACUGGGCUGUUCGGAAUCAAUGUAGAUGGAAUCCCUGGAUCGCAGGACACGCCAUAUGCAUUCGGGUUAUUCGCAGCAAUCCUAUUCUUCUUGGGGAUUGUACUAAUGGUAGGGGGGCUGAUUUACCUUGGCUUGAAGAAGCCCAUGGCAGAAGAUCUGGUUGAAGUCAGGAAGCUGGAACUACAAGAGUUGGUUAAAAUGUUUCAGCAUGAGGCAGAAACUCAUGCUCAGGUACGGAAAUCUCGUACUCGCAAUAAUAUGACUCCUACUGCAAGAGAUGUUUUCACAGCUGAUGCAGAUUAUGUACUCAUCGAAUAAAGAUGGCGACUCCAUAAAUGAUGGAGAUGGAGUAUGACGUGUUGACGUGACGAGUGGUAGAUUGUCUAACAACUGCAAGUUUCUGACAAAUAGAGAUGAUGCUCAAGGGCAGCCUUGUUUUGUGUAUUUCUUGGCUAUAAAGAAGAGAGAGUAACAGCCCAUGCAAGGUAUUGUUUAACUAAAGCAUAAGUAUAUUAUUUGGAUAGAUGUCAUAGCAUAUUAUAUAGGUAAUUUAUAAUGAAUAGCUAAAAUAUUUGCCAUAUUUGCAAAUAUAACCACAACUUUUAGGCUUUGCAAAUAUGGCAAAAUAUUUGAAAUUUAACUUUGAUUUUUUAGUUAUCCUGAUUACACCCUUCCAAAUUUUCAAAUAUAUCAUUGUGAUAUUAGCAUUCAUAUCAGAUAUGUCAAGUCUAUAGUUGGUAGAUAAUACUCAUAAUCAGGUAUAUUACUGUUAUUGAUUCCUUUAUUCCUUUAGUAAUAAAACAAAUCAAGUAUAUCAAUAAUAUAUAACCAUUAAUAUCAAAUAUUUUUUUUUUGAAACACCAUUAAUAUUAAAUAUAGAAAACAUGCAUUUAGGUUAUUUAUCUAAAAUCUAUAAAUAACAUAACACAAUUCAAUAAGAUAAAUUGAGCAGGAUAAAGAAAUAAUAUAUUAGAAAUAUUAUUGGCAUAUCAACAUUCAUAUCAAGUAAUGAAAUUCAUUAGUACAUCAGCACUCAUAAUCAAGUAGAGAGGUAAGGUAUAUCAUUGUUUAUCCAUAUUUGGGUUCUGUUUUCAUUAAGUGUAUAUUGAACUUUUGCUUUCCU